AUGGGUAACCAGUACGUGAAACCUGAACGCCAUGGAAAUUCGCCGUACACACGGUCAGGCGUGCCGCCGCCGGCGCUUGUUAAAACUUCAGACAAGCCUUUGCACAGGUUUUUUUAGCUUUUUAUUUUUUUCUGUAUUAAUGGAUUUGGUUGGAGGUUGUUUAAUACAUACUAUUCAAUUAGAAUUCUUGAAAUUACAAAAUGAAGCAGUAAGAAUCAUUUUUUUACCGAGUUGUGUAAUUUUUAUACUUUUUUUCAAAAAUCAUUUCUUAUAAUUGUUUAUAAAUUUUUUUAAAGAGUUGUGCUUAUUGGAAUCAAAGUUGUUUUGAAACCCGUUUUUUCUAACAAAAUUCGCAAUUUCAAAGUUUCUGUCUGAAAAAAUUUUUUAUUUUUUUAUUCAUUUGAAAAAUUCCUACUUUUUCAUUUUUAGUUUUGAAUAUGAGAUGUGACUUUUUUGGGAAAAAUUUGAAAGUGGAAAAAAAAUUUUCAAUUUUUUUGAUGGUUCGGAAUUUCUAAAAAAAAAAAGUUGUUUUUUAUCUUCUCUGCGCCUUUGAUAAGGCCGAAAUAUCAUCAAGAAAUAUUUAUGUGAUCAAUUUGGAACAUGAUCUCGAGAAUCGAACUUUCACUGAAGUACCAUAACGCGAAAAGGCGCCCUCAAGCCAGCCUCAUCCAUUGGCGCAAUCGGUAGCGUGUCUGACUUGCGUCCGAAUGGUCGCCGGUUCAACUCCUGCCCGCGCCUUUUGCUCUGAUCACCGCCUAAUUUCCACGAGUUGGGAACUCGGGCGGACCGAGGUACAGAGCGAAAUGGAAGGAUCGCCCGAGCAAGCGACCAGCCACCCUUCUGCGGCUGGUCGUCUAGCGUGGGGACCUACAUUUUUUCCAUUUUUGGCAUGAUAUAUCUUUUAGUUAUUACUUUUCAAUGAUUAAAGCAUUUAUCGAAAGAAAAUACCGGAUUUUAAGAUAGAAUUAAUAAAUUGAAGGCUAAGAUUUAGAAAAAUAGUUAUAUCGUAAUUUUAGAAUACCUGAAAACUAUUAGAUUUCAUCGAAAAUGCCUCAUUUUUCAGGGUGAACGACCCGAUGUCGCUGGAACUCCACAUGGCGGAUGAGCGCGUGCGUGCGGCCGGUUUGAGUCCGGCGGAGCGAGAAUGGCGCAAGAAAUGGGUCCAUGUUAGUCGAAGAAAAGCCACAAAAAAUGAUUCAUUUUUCUUAGGAUCAACAUUUGCACGCCGAUGAGCCGAUUGUAGUCGAUGCGGUUCAUAGGCAACUCAAUCCGAUUCGCGUUUUCUACCGCUUGCCUUGGGACAAGUUCUACAAGCAUUAUUUGCAGGUGGGAAGCAAAUAAAAAAAUAAAAAAAUGGUUAAAAAAAUUAAGAAAUUUUUGAUAUUAAGAUUUGUAAAUUGUAGUUUAGAAGGGAUAUUAGACGCGUGAAAAAAAGUGAAAAAAAUCGAAUAAAAAAAUUAUUUCCUCUGGUUAGAAUCUAGAAAAUUAGGAAUUUCGACUUCGAUUUUUAUCAAAUUUAAGUCAAAAAGCUUAUAUUGAAGCAUGAAAAAAAGUCAGAAAUUUGAAAAAAAUAUUUUUUUAUUAUGAGUAAAACUGGAUAAUUAAGUGUGUAGAAGCUUAUUAGAACAGACUUUCAGCCAACUUUCGGCACGUAUUACGGUACCGCCAUCCGGGUUACUGUACCCAAGGUGGUCAUGGCUUUCAUCGUACUUCAAACCGCCUAUUACUACUGGAAAUUUGAAGUCAAAGGUUGGUUUUUGUUCGGAUUUUUCAAGUUUUCUUGAAAGUUAGGCGUCAUUUCAUAGAUUUAAUCACGUUUUUCAAGGAUUGGGCUCAUUUGCGUGGUAUUGAAACGAUGCCACAAAAGGAAGUUAUCAUGAACGCCCAGACGAUUGAGAAGAAAUUCCCCGGAUUGCUGGAAAAAGGCCUUUCCAACCCCGCCAAAGACGACUAUUACACGUGGGUUUUUUUUUUCUGCUUUUUCUUGGGAUUUGCCGAAAAAAAAUGAUGGAACUAUAUUUAGAGACAUGUAUGCGUUUUUGUGGAAAUUUCAGCUUCUUGUGAAUUUUUUUUUAUCGUUUUGAUAGGGCCUUCUGAAGCCCACAAAAGUUCUUCAGGAAAAAUUCGAAAAUCUUUUAAAAAUUUCUUUUUGCUUCUUUUUAUACCUUUUUACCUUUUCGAAAAGCUCGUUUUGGUAAGGAAUCUUUUUUUUAGUCUUUCUGAAUUUUGCCUAUGAAAAUAAAGAGCAAAUGGCUAAAUUUUACUACUCGGGCAAAGUCGGAAUGGUGGAUAAGAGCCGUUAAAAAAGAGGCUCAAAAAAGGCCCCAGAAAGGAGGCAAAAAAAGCUUUCGUCAUCCUAAAAGAUACAUUUCUGGAGGCUUUUUCCACCCUUUCCGGCUUUGCCUAUGUAGAAAUUUCAUGAGUUUUUGUGGAAAAUCAGUUUCUUGGGCGGCUUUUUAUCACUUUGAAGCGGGUUUUUUCAGACCCAGAAAAGAUUUUUCAAAAAAAAAAGUCCUUUACCUUUUGGACAUGUUUUUUGCUUCUUUUCAUACCAUUCACCUUUUGAAAAUCUUAUUUCGGUAAGAAAUCCUUCGUUGAUCCUUCUGUACGUAAUGAUUUCCUCCCAAUAAUUAUUUUUUUGUCGAAAUUCAGGCCAACGUUCAACAAACGUACCGCUUACCUCGACGUCGGAGAAACGAAACGACCGUGGUGA